UGGAGGCACUAGAGAGUGACAGCUAGAAAAAAAACAGAAAGGAAGGAGGAAAAUUUGCUCUGAUCACGCCAUUGCUAUCCGCCGAUGAAUACGACAACUUUACGAAACUUUGUCAUCAUUUCAGCACACUUGGAUGUAUUCGAUUUUGUUGUAAGAAGUGAACCAGAUCCUUUGGGGGAUACGGCAUUUGCGCGUUGACAGAAUUACGCUGUUUGAGGAGUUUUAACUCGCAGGUUUCAUGUGUUUCCCUGGAGUGAAUGGAACUUAAAGGAUACAUAUACACAAGUGCCGAUACAGAACUAUAACCUAUCACCAUGUUGGGGAAUGCGGGGAUAUAUGCAGCCAAGAAGCGCAAGAAGCCUGUACAGAAAAUCCCUAAGCCUGCUCCCCCCGAGGGCAUCAAGUCGAACCCUUCCAAGCGCCACAGGGAUCGUCUCAAUGGCGAGCUGGACAAGCUGACCAGCCUGCUGCCCUUCUCCGAGGAUGUCAGGGCGCGGCUGGACAAGCUCUCCGUGCUGCGCCUCAGCGUGGGGUACCUGAAGGUCAAGAGCUACUUCAAAGGUAAGGGUACCUCUGUGUUUAUUUCUCUGUGCUCCCAUGGUGUCAAUCCAACUCAAAAAAGUCUUUCUCUUCACUCGUUACACAAACAGCAAGGCAAGCUUUUUUCCUCUCGGUUGAAACCCAUUUCAAAGGCAAACUAUCCAUCUUUCCCAGAGCAGAACGAAAAGAAAUAGGCCAGUUAGCGUCUUCGCUAACCAGACGAAUAUGAAAAGCAGGCGAUUUUCUUCUUUGAUCACAUGGAUAUGAAAGGCUAAGCUAUUUUUAGGUUUUGACGUUUCUUUGUUGAGACUCCUCAGGAGGUCACACACACACACACACACACACACACACACACACGAGUGUCACAGCAGUGGAUGGGUGUGAGGAGUAACACACACAGCUCCUCACAUGGAGCUUCACCAUGGAAAAUGCUGA